UUAUUGUGGUCCUUCUUCAGCGCCAACAUCCCCUUAACCCGUGACGGACAAGAAUCCGAGAUGCCCUGCGAACGUUGUUGGAACGCGAAGCCUCGAAGGCGCUGCGUUAUGGUGGCGGGUUCGAAUAAGUGUUCUUCCUGUGUCCGCAUGGGGAAGAAGUGCAGUGGUCCGAACGUCGCUGGUGCCUUGAUUGCGAAUAUGUCGGCCCGCGACAAGGUUGAUAAAGAAAUCGUUGAUGCUGAACGUCAGCUCGCCGAAGCUCUGAGUCGGAUCUCGCGACUCCGCCAACAGCGCCAGAAGCUGGCUGAGGCCGGUUCGUCGCUGCGAGACCGCGGUUUGGAAAGCUUGGAGGAGGACGAGUCCGACCCUCCAGAGCCGAUGUCGGAGGAGCAGGAGUUGGCCGGGCAGGCGCAAGCCCUUGACGCCUUCGGUGUUGUGGAUUGGGAGCUCAACGGUGCCUUCCCUUAUGGUUCGGGCUCUUUCGACAACUUCCUGCCUGGGGGCUCCCUGGUCGGCCAGGGUUUCUCUGAUGGAACUCUGUCAGUUUCUCAGGGCAGUGGAGGUUCGUAGCUGGUUCCCAUGAGUUGUCUUCUGGGCCGAAAUCCAACCAUUUUAUUAGGUACUGCAAUUGCCCAUCCGUGAUUCGUGAAUCCAGAACUUCCUCGACGUCCCAUUCUUCUUCUCCGUCUUCUGCCUCGACGUCCCUAGCAAGUUUGGCGUUCUUGGGUGCUGGUUCCAAAAGUGAAAUGUGAAAGACAUUUGUUCGUAACUUCAUCGAUGCUGGUAGUGACAGUCGAUGGUUGG